AUGGGACGAAGCCAAAUCGCCACAAUGCCUUGCCAAGUGUGUGGUGAUCGAUCAUAUGGCCGUCACUAUGGAUUAUGGACUUGUGAUGGCUGUUCAUGUUUUUUCAAACGAUCUGUCCGUAAGAACAUUCAAUAUUCCUGCAUUUCUGGGUUGGACAACUGCGUAAUUGAUAAAACGAGAAGGAACUGGUGUCCUGCUUGUCGACUAGCAAAGUGCUUUCGACUAAAUAUGAAUUCUCAAGCUGUCCAACGGGAGCGCGGGCCUCGUAAGCAUUAUUUGAAAACUAAUUCGGCGCAAUGUAGUGAAGAUAAUGGGGAUGACAGGGAACAAUCUCGUACACAAAGCGAUCAAGUCAUUGCAGCUGAUGCGCUUUUUAUUGCCAUGUUGCACGCUUGUAAUAGCUCAGUUCUAUUAUCUUUCACUACUCUAGAGGAUAGAAAGGCAAUACUGUUGCGUAAUUAUGGAAUAUUCUUUGAUUUUUUGUUGGCUACUAGUAGGGAUUCAGCACUGAAAAAGCUGGUGCAAGAUUAUCCAGCGGAAGUCAAGGUAGACUUGGACACAGAAGAGGUUCGAUUAACGAUUUGCAUAAUAUUCUGUAAAUUAGGCGAGAAUGAGCCAGCGUUAUCCUUUGCCAUACCUUUAUUAUCCAUUUACUUCCAUUGGCUGAUGCAAUACUGCAAAUCUCGAGAUAAGAUAACUGAAAUUACGAAACUAGUUGAUUGGCUCUUUUUGAGCAAAGAAAAAGGAAGAAGUAUGAUGUCGAAGAGAACGUUGAUUUCCCCGAACACCAUUAUCGAACAUUUCUUUCAACAAGUGUCUCCCAACGUUUCCUGA